UAGGACAACGUUUGUUUUUAGAAAUGGCCGUAAAUAUUCACAACAGUAAAGACUUUUCAUUUGAUAACUUGUAUCAAACAGAAAAAGAAGUAAUCCUAUUUUGUUCAAAAUACAACAAUAGACCUCUAAAAGCUACAGUUCAUGAUUUAAUGCGAGACGUAGAGCAGUUCUCGACAUCUUCGAUUUUAAAGUCAGAAAUUCCACUGCAUGUGCAAUGUCGGUGGUUGACAGCUAUAGCAAAUCAACCGUGGUUAGUACCAGAGAAUAACUCUAGUGCAGAGAUUCAAGUCAAUUCUUUGUUGCAGUAUAUGUCUUCACCUAAUUUAUGGGUACGAUCUUUGGCUUGUAGUCUUGUUAGAGUGUUCAGUGGUGAGCUUAACCCAAAUGGAGAACACAUUGUAACCCAAGUGACCAUUAUUUGUAAGAACCUAAUGACAACAAUUGAGGGCUCAUUAACAGCUGAUAUUGAAAGCAAUGGAUUGUGUGAAAUUGUAGCUUGUUCCUCCUUGUGUUACAUUGCAAACUACUGGGUGUCCAUAAUACCACAGAAGUCAACACCAUUUGUUCUUUUGGCACUCAAGACCUUUCUGAAUAUUCUGGAGAAGGCAAGGACAGACGUGACUCCUUUUUUGAAUCAGGUUGCAGCAGACAGUUUAACCCAAAUACUUCACGUCCCAAUAUUAUGGCUGGGUAUUCUAAGUGACAAAGAAAGAUUGGAGAUAGUUGCAAGGUUGUUAAACAUCUUGCAGCAUUUUUUCAGAAAAGAGAGUAGGGAUAACAUAACGAUGAUAAAGCUUCUUCAGGCUAUAAAUAUGGACAGCUUGUUAAGGACUUUGCUUGGCAUACCUGAUUUAAUAAGAACCUUGUUGGGUCUGCUGCUAGAACUGUUGCCUCCUGUCGCUACAACAGAUGAUGCCCCAUUCCUAGAAGUACGCUGGCUGUCAUUGUGUAUUCUUUGGAGAUUUCUUCACAUGAUGGGUAUCACACCUGAUGUUAAUACUAAACUCACAUCCAUGAUUGACCAUGGCUGCAGUGAUCCUGAUCAAGUUCAGUUUCUACACCAACUAGUAUCAGCCAAGUACAAAGACUAUCUAAAUCUUGGAAGAUUUAAAAUAGAAAAUGAAGGAAAGUCAGCUACUUAGUAGUAAUUUAUACAUGUGAAGAACAAAUAUGGUCCGAUUCUAAGGCCCUGUUUACAUGAAGGUAGGGUAAUCUAGUGGCAGGUCCAACCUAUUUCACAGGGGGUAACUGUUAGCUAGAAAUACAUCAUAUAGCAUUCUUUUUAGGUCUUACCUUUUUAUUUCAAAGGGAGGUGACUAGUCACCCAGUUUACCCUCUUGGAUCCACUCUUGUAAUCCUAGUUUUUUUUUUGUUUACCUUCCUCAUGGAAAACCAAAAGCAAAACAAUUAUCCCUAGGACUAGAACUACACUAGCUAGGUUGCUGCAAUUUUCAUAAACAUGUGAACUCUGUGUCUCUGAGCUGCACACUGAAAUUUUGUUUUUUCGCUGCAGUCAGUCAAAAAUACGAAAGGUACUGACUGAUUAGGUUUGAUUGACAAACCAAUUUCAGCGUGCAGCUUGCAGACACAGAGUUUGCAUGUUUAAGAAAAUUGCAGUAACUUUGUUUCCUUUAAAAAGGACAUUAGCAUUUCAAGAUGUCAACUCUUCGUAAGAGGCAGUAGUUAUCGUCGCAUGGCCUCUGAAAGUAAUCAUAGUGACUCCACAUAGUUUAAAAUGUUAUCUGAGAGGUUCAUUGUAUAUUACUUGUAUAAGUAGAAUAAUCAUAGAAUCAGAAUAGAAUUCCUUGAUACCUAAGUUUUCCUUUAGUAUUAAAUCAUUGUUAAGGGUUACAUUAGUUUCUUACAAGGUUGUAACAAGAGAUGAGAGGUCUAAAGGAUUAAGAUUUCAUCUAUAGGGUAAAGAUCAUCUCAUAGCUGGACAGUACACUCCAAAUAAUUUGAAGUUGCAGCAGAGAUUUAACACUGAAAGGGAUAAUGCUUCAUAUAAAUGAGACUUAGAUUGAGAAUAGACCUAAUCCACUGUUUUUUUUCAAACCACGUGUUAUUCCCUAGAGUAUUAUUUCUUUGUUUAAGGUGACUGACUCCCUUAUACUGAAUAGCUUACAGGAUGAAUAUAAAACAGACAGCCACUUUUGUUUCCGGAUGUGACGUCGUGGUGGUCGCAGCUUGGAGGGUGUGGUAUUGAUUCUUGUGUCAUUUCUUGGGUCUGACAGUUUACAAUUAUGAAUGUCAUGCCUUUGUCAUUCCAAUCAAAGACAACUUCUGGAUUCAAAUAAAUAGUACUUUCGCAAA